AUGACGAAGGCCCGCAUCGCGCGGCAGAGCCGCGCCUGCGCCCAGAGUGCAGCGGGAGCCUGGCUUGCUGCGGUGAAGGGAGCUCGAACGAGGCGGCUGCGCCUCAGCCUCCGUGCCUGGAGCUGCGAGAUCAGCUCAAGGAGGUGGCUAAGGUCCUCCCUCCGGCAGUGGCAGCUCUUCUGGACGAGCUCCAGGAAGACUCGCCUCUCCUGCCUGCUGCGCCGAUGGCGGUUCCUGGCAAAGGCUCGCGGAGCCAGCAGGCAAGUCGUGGCAGGGCUGCUGCGCGGCUGGAUCGAAGAGUGCUCGAAGACCGCGGCGCUGGUUCGUCGUGCCAUUCUUCGGCGCCUGCUCCUCGCCUGGCGCAUCGUGCGGUGCUAA